ACCCCAGAUGACUGAGGUUUAACAGAAAUUCCCUGAAUAUCUCUUGCAUAUAGAAAUACAUGCACGCACCCUCCUUGGAGUCAGCCCGUCCAGGAUGAGCACAUUUACUGUGUGCAGUCAUGACUGAUGUGCCGAAAGACAUCGUUCCUAAAGAGGUGUUGCUGCUGAUCUGUUAAACCAGGCAGGUAAUAUCGUAAGAGAGAAAGUGACUGGCCGCUUCAGGAAAGAUCAGCUCCUGUUUCUGCCUCAUCGUGAGCUGUUAGGUCUAUGCACUCUACUAGGGUACUAGGACACUCGUCUUCACCGCUCAGUAUCACACAGGCCCGGUUCGGCUUCCCGACGGCUCAUUCACACUAUGGCGACCUUCUGUGGCGUCUGCCGCAGCUGCGGGCACACAGUGGGCUUUCCGCAUCAAGCACCACUCAAAAUUAUAGGUGACCAGAAACUGCCAGAACAUAUUUGAACUACCCAUGCAGAAAGAAGGAAGAAAACCCGAAACAAAUGAAUCAUUAACUUGGUUAUAACCCAACCAGUAGUAGGGAGGGAAAGUUUCCAUAGAAACCUUGGUCAUUGAGGUGAGGGAAGAAAGAGCGUAGAAACGAUUCAGUGGCUGUCAGUUGUGUUUCAGUAUCCAAAAGAAAGUCUAAGUUGGAUUUAUGUUGAUAUUUUAUUAAGCAAUUACUAGGUGCGAGUAACAGAAAGAAAGUACAGUAGAAUGUGAUGUAGGUGAGUAAUUGAUGAAAGUGUAGGAGGGACAAACAAGUAGACAGACAGAUGUGACAGAGUCUGUCCCACCUGGCAUAUUUCCCUUGUUCCCAGUUACUGACUAACCCAGAGCACAUAAACAGAGGGACUUGAGCAGACUGGUAGAGAGAAACGGCAGCGUUGGGACACACAGGUGCUUUGUUGGAUAGACCCGACCGCACCGGAGACCACAAUAACGGACAGAGAGGCAGAAACACUGCAUUUUCAAAGCUCAACAUUGUGGUAUUUUGUAACAAACGUGUCCUUGGAGACACUGUGGUAUCAAAUGUUGAUGUAAGGUCAGCUCUCUGUAGGAAACGUGGGCCAUGGGAUCCCACACUUCCAGGUCAAAACUGACACGGGUGGUGCCAUCCAGCCCAGUGGAAAGGAAGGGGAACCAAGACGAGGAACAAAGCAACACCACCUCACACUGGAUCAUAGAGCCCCCAGAGGAGCCGCAAGGCAGCGUGGGAAGGAGGAGGAUCACGCAGCUUCCACCCUUGAGACAGGAAGUCUCUCUGACACUCUCACCGCUUUCUACAGGUUCCUUACCUGGCUGUCACGGUAGUAAAGUGGGCCACAGCAUCAUUCAGUCCCACCCACCCCGGAGAACACAGGCCCUACAGCCAAUGAUGUCAUCUGCAGCUGGAAUGCCACCUGAGGGAACCAAUCAAAAGGACAAAGAAUGGAGAGGUGGGGCUGCCCACAGAGGGCGCUAUGGCACAGGAAGCCAUUCACAGGGAGAAGUUCUGGAGGCACAAGUAGUCUUUGGUCGACAGGCCUGCAGCCAGCGACGGGCUCACCGACGACGGGCACAGGAGCUGCGAGAGCAGCGGAGGGCAGCCAGGGUCGUGGUUACAGGCGAUGCUAACACAGGCCUGGAUGGGAGCUUGAACCGUCCAGCUCAGCUGGUCAAGAGGCAUGCUGAGAGGGACAUCUUCUGGGACGUGUUGAGCAGGGAGAGCGUGGACUUCCAAUAUCUUUCAGAGUCAAGCCUGGAGCCCCCUGCACAGAGAGAGGCAAAGACCUGUUCUGCAGAUCUGUGGACUUUCUUUGGAGAUGAGGGCGAAGGCUCCAGAGAGCCUGAGAAAGGCAGUGCUGCCUGUUCUCCAGGUGAGGUGGUGGAUCUGCGUGAUGCUGGGGGGACAUGGAGCCCCGAGGUGAACUGGCAGGAGAACCAGCACCCCCAAAAGGAAGCCACAGACAAAUCUGUGCCCUGGAUGCUAGAGUGGAAGGUGAGCGAAGGCUGGGGACUGAACUCUAAGGACGUGUCUGGGAACAGGCACAGCACAGGGAUAGCGAUGAGGCCAAGGCUGGAGGCUUCUUCACAACAAGAGGACGAGAGUAUCUGGGCCAGAAACAGCUGCUUGCCUGCUAGAGAAAACUGGGAACUUGAGACUGGUGUGGGAGUAACUCGGAGACAGCAAGGCCGACUCAACAGGACCAGGGCAGAACUCAUUCCGUCAUUCAAUGAUCGCUUGGACUUUGAUAUAUAACGUGAAUGAAGAACUGCAGAGGUACAUACUGUACCUGAGAGAUCACUUAAGCAUAAAAUGAGCCUGUGAUCUCCAAUCCACCUUCUCAAUCACUGAAGUGCUUCACUUACUGUAAAGAGCUUGAAGCAGUCCAGCACUAACAGGACACUCUUUAAAACAUGCAUCUGGCACAAAAGACUUAUCUUGGGUAGACGUGGGUUAAUUGCAUCAGAUGUCGCAUUGUACUGAUGAAGUAAAAUCACUAUAAUGACA